UUAACAAAGACAGCCUCCUUUUUUUUUGUCUCUCCCUCUCUCCUUCAUACAAAAUUGUGGGUUUCUCAGACGUGUCUCUUGCCACGGUUCCCGCAACGGGACCGUGACACCGUAUCAUCUCCGACUAAGUUCGUCGCCUUCUCCUCUGCCCAAAAACAUUCCUCUGGUUUUAGUAUCUCUGCUUCUUGAAAAUAAGGAGUAGAGAGAGAGGUAUCAUGGACUCUCGAGGAAAUGUAUCUGACGAAAUCAACGUUUCGAGUAAAGCGAUACGAAGGAAGGUGAAGAACGCUUUGGACAUAGCGUUAACGAAAUAUAAGAUUGAUAGUUAUAACUUAGUUGACCUUGAUAAGGUAUUAAAUGAUGUCUACUGCUCUUUUCGACCGGUUUCUGCUGAUUACGAUAUUAGGAAGGAAUUGGUGAGAAGCCUUAAUGCUAUGGCUGUUGAUAUCUAUGGUGAUUCAGAAGAGACGAGCCCGGUUCUUGAGGCGUAUGGGUCUUUUGUGAUGGAUAUGUAUACCUCUCAGAGUGAUUUGGAUGUUUCUAUUAACUUUUUUAACGGAACAUCUGAACUUACUCGUGAAAAGAAGAUCCAGAUACUUAAAAGAUUUGCUCAAAAGCUCCGCUCUUUGGAGGGAGAAGGGCAUGUUAGGAAUGUUGAAUCUAUCGUCACUGCUAGGGUGCCAAUUGUCAAAUUCUUUGAUCAUGGCGCUGCUGUUGAAUGUGAUUUGUCAGUCGAAAAUAAAGACGGCAUUUUGAACUCGCAGAUCAUUCGCAUCAUAUCUCAAAUUGAUGGCAGGUUUCAAAAACUUUGUAUGCUGGUUAAGCAUUGGGCCAAAGCACAUGAAGUUAACAGUGCGCUACAUCGAACCCUGAAUUCUGUAUCCAUAACACAGCUAGUCGCUCUUCAUUUACAGACUCAGUAUCCUCCCAUUUUACCUCCAUUCUCUAUGCUAUUUAAAGAUGGAAUGGAUCCUCCUAAUGUGGAGAAACGGACUCAAAAGUUCUUAAACUGGGGACAGCGUAAUCAGGAAUCUCUGGGUAGACUGUUUGCAACAUUCUUUAUAAAGUUACAAUCUGUAGAAUUCCUUUGGAGGCAAGGGCUCUGCGUCAGUGUGCUGAAUGGUCUUUGGAUAGCCAAAAAGUGGAAAAAAUUUGGCAUUGCGUCCAUCAGUGUUGAGGAUUUUACAAAUGUGUCUCAAAAUGUUUCAAGGCGGGUUAAUGGCGCAGGAGCCAAAAAGAUAUACCGCUCCAUAGACAGAACCGUUGAAGACAUCUUUGAAUUCCUCAAUGAAAAGGUCACUGGAACAGAUCUCAAACACAAGUUAUUUGGCCAAAUUCCUGUUGUGCAUCCUCCUCCUGUGGCGCCACUCAAUGGAAAGACUGGGGUGUUUGGUCAACAAGAUGUUGUGGAGCCUCCUCCUGUGCCGCCAUUGUUAAGCCAACAAGCUGCUCUGGAUCCUCCUCCCCAUGUGCUGCCACUUACUGGCGCUGGAAGACAUCUUAAACGCAGGAAGUUUGGCCAGCAAGCUGUUCAGCAGCCUCGUCCUUCUGUGCCGCCACCACUCAGUGGCAAGAGAGCUGGAACACAUCUUAAACGUAGUAGGGCGUUUGGCCAGCAAGCUGUUGUGCAGCCUCGUCCUCCGGUGCCGCCACUCAAUGACCAUAUCGCUAGAACACAUCUCAGAGAUAGGUCGAUUGGCCAACAAGCUAUUGUGCAGCCUCUUCCUCCUGUGCCUUCACUCAGUAGCAAUAUCACUGAAACACAUCUCAGAGAUAGGUAUUUUGGCGAACAAGCAGUUGUGGAGCGUCAUCCUUCUGUGCCGUCACUCAAUGGCAAUAUCUCUGGAACAUAUCUUAGAGAUAGGUUUUUUGGCCAGCAAGCAGUUGUGAAGCCUCGUCCUCCUGUGCCUUCACUCAAUGGCCAUAUCUCUGGAACAUAUCUUAGAGAUAGGUUUUUUGGCCAGCAAGAAGUUGUGGAGCCUCGUCCUUCUGUGCCUUCACUCAAUGGCAAUAUCAUUGGAACACAUCUUAGUGAUAGGUUUUUUGGCCAGCAAUCAGUUGUGGAGCAUCGCUCUCCUAGGUCGUCACUCAAUGUUUACCCACAGCAACCGCAUAACAACUUCAGAAACGGGUUCAACGGUCUUCCUGAAAUACAUUACAACAAAAGAGUUUGCUUGGGAAACGGAUACAGAGCUGUAGAAGAAACAGGUCACAGGAGAGAGGAAGAGAGUUACGAUGAUCUCAGAGAACUCCGAUACAGGUAUAUCGGAUACUGUACUGAAACUCUCCAUAGGAAUGAUGAUAGAUAUAGGGGUGAAGAACCAAUGCCUGUUGGACAGUGUCAUGACUAUAGUUUAAGAACUGGUCCGCCGCAGCCACAGCCACCAUAUGGUAGAGAUACUUAUGAGAAUUUUCGUCCUCAAAACCUUUCCCAACCACCUCCACCUUAUGGUAGAGAUAGCUAUGGGAAUUUCCGUCCUCAAAACCUUCCCCAACCUCAUUCUGGUCGAUCGUUUUACUAGUAGGGUUUUUGGUCUGCAAAGUUAAAAACCAAUCACCAACCAUUAUUUCAAAGAUGAAUAUAGUAACUUCAUGUUAUAUAAUUGGCGGAGAGUACAGGUUUUGGUUACUUAGGGUUUAAUUGUGGAGAAGUGGAACUACAGUUAGUUUUGGGUGAUAAGAAAGUGUCAUGAAUGUCUGUAUGCUUCUGUUUAGCUGGGAUAUCUGUUUAAAAUUUUUAUGCUGGAUUCGGUUUAAAUUUGGAUCGGAGGAUUUGUUACCAAUUUUAUGUAAGAUUUAAGUUAAAUUGCUAUUAUGAACUUCUGCAAGAUAUAUCCUUUGAUUUUGUA